UUAAAUUUAUAUAUUAUAGCACUAAGUACAAAAAAAUAUACAAAACGCACACAAAAUGGCUUUCAAGAUUGUUGUUUUGUUCGCAAUGAUUGCCUUUGCACACGCUGGUGUUAUUGCACCAUACGGAUAUGGUCCUGCCCCACUUGCAGUCGCACAUGCUCCAGCUGUUGCUAAAGUUGCCGUUGCCGCUGAAGAUUACGAUCCAAAUCCACAAUACAGUUACCAAUACUCAAUUGCCGAUGCUCUAACUGGAGAUCAAAAAUCACAAUCUGAAUCACGAAGUGGAGAUACCGUACAAGGUCAAUACAGUUUGGUCGAACCAGACGGUACUCGUCGUAUUGUCGAUUAUACCGCUGAUCCAGUCAAUGGAUUCAACGCUGUUGUUCAACGCGAACCAGCCGUACAAAAAGCUGUUGUAGCUGCACCAGCUAUUGCUAAAAUUCACGCUCCAUUAGGCUAUGCAGCACCAGCUUAUGGUAAAGCCAUCUACGGUUAAGCACCAGUCUCAUCCAAUUUUAUUAAGUCAUCAAUCAAGUCAUCAGGAUAAUACGUUUGUGAUUGCGAGUACUUUUUAUUUGUAAAUAUUAUAACGCUUGGAAAAUUUUCUUGAACCACAUGGGGUAUUUUUCUAAGAUUAUAUUGUGGGCAUAAAAUUUUCCAAAGUGUAUAUUCGUGUCUAUAAUAAUCUAGUUUAAUUUGUAAUUUUAAGAUAUUUAUUUAUUGAAUCGCCAUAUUAUAAUUUUUUUAUAUCGUCUAUUAUGCAAAAAAAAAUAAACAUCACCUUUUUCCAUUGCAUGCAUUUUUAUGCACAUAA